UGACCGUCGACUUCUGUUGUUGCUGUUGCUGCUGUGCUAAAGGUUGUGUUGGUGAAUCAUGAGGGCAACACUGGUGGCGGUGGUGGUGGUGGGGCUGACGCUGCUGGCGGGAGGCGGCCGCUGCCUGAGUGACUACAUGACUGGCGACGCGAUGGAAGUGAUGGUGGGCGAGCUGGAAAGUAGAGGAUCAAGGGAUGACUUGAAUGCCUUGUAUUCUAAAGCCUUGAGACAUUGUACCUGCAUUGAGCUCGCCAAGAAAGACGCCUCCAGGGACGAGAUGUGUCAGUGUAUCGCAGAGGUCAGAGCAUGCGACGACAAGUACAGACCGACCAGCCACACGCCCGAAAACGAGUUUUCUGAUGGGAUUUACAACUGGAUGACCUGUAUGGGUGAUCCCAAACUUCCCGCCGCCCUCCACUGCUGGAAUACCGUGGUAUCGCAACCUCUCCAGAUGAUGUGUCAAGCCAAGGCACUGCACUGCGAGCCGAACAUUACCCCGUGACCAAGUGGGUCUGCCUGCCUUGAUACUUCCCGGCUUUACAGAACGAUCUACGUACUUGUCAACUAUACACACACACACACACACACACACACACACACACACACACACACACACACACACACACACAGAGCCGUAAUGGCGACGGGGGACAUAUAUUAAUGUAUCCAAUAAAGUUUUAAGCACCUAC